UGGUUAGUUCGACCGUUGCUUUCGAUAAAAAGUCAUCCUCGACACCAGUAGAGAGCACCUCAGUCGACCAAAAUGAUAGCAUUUCCUCCAUGCCUUUCAGCAGCAGCGUCAGCAGCGCCUGUAACGAUACAGCAGGUGUGCUGACACACGAGACUAGUAGUGGUGGUGGUGGUAGUGGUGGCGCGCCCGCGAACGAUGUGUCCUCGGCGUUGAGUUUUAGUGAGCAGAAAAUCUCGUUACUAUUCCCCAAAUGCAAACCACGCAGUGAGUAUCACUAUGUCAUGAACAACAGCAACAGCAGCAGCAGCAGCAGCAGUGCUUGUGCGAACGGUAGCAAAAACACUAACAAUAAUUGCCUGCUGGACGUCGGCGGCAUGUCGCUCGGUUCCACACACUCGCUAGCGACGUAUGUGACGCGCACGAGCCCGCCGACAGUUACCGCACAGGGUAGCGGUGUGGCGGCCCCGAAGGUCUACAUGGAUAUGAGCGUGUACGGCAAUAAUAAUGGCGGCGUUAGUAACAGCAGUACCAGCAAUCAUGGUACGGUGAGCGAAUUUGAUUACGGCCCGGAGAAGGAAUUGACCGUCGGGAAGGCACUGCAGAUGAAUACGUGCGGCAUGAACAACAAUAUGGGCGGCAACGGCACGGUCGGUAAUAAUAACCAUUACACCAGCAACCAACCGGCUGGAGGAGGAGGUUCCAGUGGUGCUACAGCUGGUGGAGCAACCAUUGGUCUCAAGAGUGCCGGCAGUAUAAAACAUUCGUCCAAUCAGUCCGCCAGCAAGAACAGCUCGUCCUCGGAUGGGUACAGCUUCUACUACAGCAAUCAACCACCGUCGCUGACCUGUUCGCCAACCGAAAAUCAAUCUACUAUCAGCACCGCAACAAUAGCCAACAGUGGGGGUGUCGGUGCCCCAGCACCCGGUUUGCUGCUGUCCGAUGACGACGACACUGGCGACCGCACCAAGAAGGACCACGCCGGCCCAGCCAGAUGGAUGGAGCGCAACUACUGUCACCUUUCCGUGUCACACUAUCCCAGCGUGCCCAAACCGAAGGGUGGCAGCGGCGGGACGGGUGCCGGCGUAAAGCGGGGCGUCGUGUCCGGUUCCACCUACAAGCCGGUCAACUGCUACAAUAUGGUGCUACAGUCACCGCUCGAGGACGAAAGUGACAUGGAGGACAAGCUAAAGUACUUUAACUAUCAGCAUGAGAUGCAAACGUACACCAGUACGCGCAAGGACAAGCUGGCCGGGUUUGGGGCCGACUUGCACUGUGCCGCCGGCAACGAUGGAGGUGAAGAAAUAGUCGUCCUGAGCAGCAAUACGAAGGAGCAUGGCAACACACUUUCAGUGGCACAACCGAAACCGGACCCGAUGCUGGACGAGCUGGGUAUGGGUCGAAAAGGGGCGUCGCACAUGGGCCAGAAAUUGGAGCACGUGCCCCACGUAGGACUAAGCGUCGCUAGCCCAAGCGUCGAGAACGAGCAGCUGCUAGGUACGGUAGAUUUUGCGGAUCAAAUGAUAGGACACUAUCCGGUAAAACCGAUCGGGCUGAACGAUGGGGAAGAUAUGGUGGACAGUAAAGUCAACGCUGGUUCGAACAUUAUCGAAUACGACGGUUCGCCGCGAAGGUUCGGGUUAAAUUUGUGCGACGAAAGCGACUGUUACUUAGCGUCUAGUGUGAAAAUCAAUCUCACAUCACCGUCACUGUUAACGCUACCUCGUCCCGGAUUUCCGCAGCGUGUCCUAGCGACAACGACGGCGGUAGCCAGCAACAACGCUAGCUCUAGUAGCAUGCCCGCCGGCCAAACGUCCACCGGCAAUGUCAGCUGCUCUCCUUCGCUGCUGGAUCAGGUGAACUCUACCCUGAGCAAGACGCUGUUGCUAGAUGCGAAAAAUGGCCGUUCGCAAAACGUGGACGAUAGUAUGCAAUGUUAUGGUAGUGGUGACCAGCCAAAGGGCAAGGACCAUCACGUGUACGACCUAUUGCCGUGUGACAUUAAGCCUGGGCAGGCAGCCGCGCCCGAGCACGGUGGCAAACCGUUGGAGAAAGUUCCACUGCAGAACACGCAAACGUCGGAGGAUGAGUUGACGAUUGGUACUUCCAGCUUUCCACCGAUCGCCAACUCUUCCACGUUCGACUAUUUGUACGAGUUUUCCGAAACGCGCAAGGUGCUGGAAGAGUUCUUCAAGUGUCCGUCGACGGAGGAUGUGGAAAAGUUUAGCGACUACAAUGAUAGUGCGGACGAGGACGUGGAGAGUCUGGACGUGCAUUACGACUAUCCGGUCGAGCUGGAGCGUUCGAAAACGAUCGAAACGACGUACAUUGGGAAUGUGAACGGGUCGGGUAAACAGGACAACAGUACGCAUUCGCCCAAGUCACCAGUGCUUAGUGAUGGGCCCACGCUGGAGGAAGAGGACGACGAUACGGCGGAUGUGGAGGAUGAGGAGGAGGACGAGGAAGAGGAGGAGGAGGAGGAUGAGAAGGAUAACGGGUUGGCGAAGUACAAUUACAAGCUGAAGAAAGCCCGUAUGAACGACUACUGUGGACUGAGGAAGAAAAAGUCCGAAACGCAUCUCAAGAGUCACACCGGGACAGGAGGAUUGGCUGUGGUGGACGGGACGGACAGAUAUUGCAAUCCGGAGUACGAUCGACGUGACGAGGAUGGUGUACGAUUGUCGCUUAAAUCGACGCUCCAGUCGGCAAGCGAUGCACGCGACUACGCAAUGUACGUACAGAGCAGCCUGCUCAAGACUUACCCAGACCAGCAACAGCAGCAGCAGGUUGAGCAACAUACCGGUAGUCAAAAUCAGUCAUCAAAUCAGCAUUCAAACAACGUGAACGAGUUACGCUUCAAUACAUACAUCAAUGGUGCGAGCCGUACGAGCAGUUACGAUGCGAUCAACGAUGCGAACUACGACGGACAUCCAAUCAUUUCGAAUGGCAGCGACAAGGAUCCGCUGCACUACUCGCUGAACGAUGACGGUGGCGAUGGGCGCAAAGCGUUUACCCGCAAAUAUAGCAAAAACUUCAACUACUCGCCGGACACGACUGACUACGAUUCGAACUGCGGGGAUUACGAUAGCGAAAUUUCGCCCCAGUACGGUAGCGACUUUGGGCUCAUCUCCGGCAACGGUGCGACGAUGUGCGACGAUCUGAACAAUGGGGUGAUUAGUGCCACGUCCGGCGCACCGACCGGUACCGGCGACACGCUCAACUGUCUGUUUGCGAACAAUGCGAACAACUACACGCGCUACUAUGCCGCCAUGCCAGUACUGGAGGAUGGUCUGUCCAGUGGGCACGUGUCCGACUCGGAGAACAAUCUGAACGCGAACACGAUGACGAGCCUGCUGCCGCCAGAUCUGGUGACCGGUAGUGUCAAACAGCUGACCGGCAAUGGCAAUACUGGUAGCGGCGGUGGUCUAAUGCAAUCAUCCGGCGGCAAUGCGUACGGCCUGCUAGGUGCACAGUCACCUUCAGUUACCGCCAAGCAGUCGAUAUCAUCUUCACCGAUCGUAUCCAAAGAAUUGAAGGGUGCACAAGGCCCACAUGUACAGCAGCAGUCACAACAGCAGCAGCAGCAACAGCAGAACCAAAGCACUAAUGUAGAGGGUUACUUCGUAAACAACACCUUCCGGAUGGGGAAUCUUAAGCUAAACUCUAGUAUGCUACAUAAUGCGAGCAUAUUUAAAAAUCGCGAUCCAGAGCUGGAAUCUCUUUAUACUAUAAAUACUAUACAAUCGACUCCACCACCUCCAGCGCCAGCACCGCACAGGAAGUCUUCGAUUGAUUGUGAUAACUUGUCCAUGUUGCAGCAGCAACAGCAACAACAACCCGUACCGCAAAAGCAACAACAGCUUCAACAUCUGCAACAGCUUCAACAGCAGCAGCAGCAGCAGCAGCAGCAGCAGCAACAAUCGCAACAACAAGGACAACCACAACAAUCACAGCAGCAGUUCAACCACUCACAAACAUCUACCGCCGACGUACAGUCAACAUUGAAGGACAUUAGACUUUGCUUGCAGAAAACCAAAAACUUGAACUUAGCUAGUGGCAACCAAUCUAGGAAACCGUUCGACAAAAACAACACCUGCACUAGCGAAUUCCCGGAAACACUCGGCGGUACGGUCGUUGGUGGUACCGCCAGCGCUGGUGGAGCUACUGGUGGCAGUGUUAGCGGUGGUGUCGGUACCGGUCCUAGCCUCUCACCAAUCUGGAUACCACGCACACGAGCCAACGAGGACUUUAGCAGCAAACCGAUUUCAAACGGAGGAACCAUACUCCAGACGUCGGGCGGCGGUAGUGGUGGACCUAACAUUCUUUCAAACGGACUGCAGUCAGUGUCGGGAACUUCCUGUAAGCUGUCGUCAUCUCCAUCCUCACUGCACACCGCACUGCAAGCCUGUGCCAAGGCGGGCGCUACGGCAGGGUCGGGUGAAUUUGCCGAGGAAACGGAUGUACUGAUCGUACAGGGUGCACCAUCUAAAACGCUGACACUUGUGGACGAAGAUGAAGAUCCGGAUACGGAUCUUGAAACUGACCGUCUGCUGGGACACCAAAGGUUAGAUGAUCAAGGUUUUUACGACGAAAGCAACAGCAAACUCUGGAGCAACGAUCGCAAAACGGGCGCUGCACGAUUACUUACUCUCGGUAAGGUAUCGCCGAAGCAGCAAAAUGCAUCCCAGUCGGCAAACACCACGGUCGGCACGAUGGGUACUGCGGUGGGCUCGGUAGCUAGUGGCAAACCAACCAACCAAAGUCAACUGGGUGACCGUUUAGGUGGAUCGGUUGCGACGCGGGUCAUUCAACCGAACGGUACCGGCGCUUCAAAUAGUUUCCAGCCGUCAUCCGCUACAGGCGUUACAAGCACUGGUAUGGCGGGUGGGAAUGCUACUAUACCACUGCCGGACCUUGGUGCGUCGGCAACCACUCUGCCAACGUCGGUUGCUGCCGGAAGUGCUGUGAAUGGUGGUGGUGGUGCUGGUACGGCCUCCACCACGUGCCACAAAAGUGCGAAAACUAGUGGCAACUUGAUUAACUUUAACGGUCCAAAUGAACCACAAACGCAACUAACAUCGCCGAACCCCAGCCCGCAGCAUUCGCUUAGCGAGGGCAACCUGUUGGAUAAGUCGAACGAUUCGGGCAGCCCGAGCGGAUCGACGAAAUCGAAGUCACUGCUCAACAAUGACACCAAAAGGAAGUCGAAAAAUAAGGAAGUGCUUAUUGAAGGUGUUCUAUUCCGGGCCCGUUACUUAGGCUCCACGCAGCUAGUCUGCGAAGGACAGCCCACGAAAUCGACACGAAUGCUCCAGGCAGAGGAAGCCGUUUCUAGAAUAAAGGCUCUGUCUCCCGACGGUGAGGUUCAACCGAGCACGGAAGUUGAUCUCUUCAUAUCCACCGAAAAGAUAAUGGUACUAAAUACGGAUUUGAAGGAGAUCAUGAUGGAUCACGCACUGCGCACGAUCUCUUACAUUGCCGACAUUGGCGAUCUGGUCGUGCUGAUGGCAAGGCGGCGUUUCGUACCGCAGGACAUCGACUCGACCGACUCGUCCGGUGGAGCGGGUAAUGGUGGUUCCGGAACACACACCGUCAGCCACGUGACCGGCAGUGGCAGCACACCGUCACAGAAGGUCGCCACCGGGCCGAAAGGGAACCGGACGCCGAAGAUGAUUUGCCACGUGUUCGAGAGCGAGGAGGCCCAGUUCAUUGCGCAGAGCAUCGGGCAAGCAUUUCAGGUCGCGUACAUGGAGUUCCUGAAGGCGAACGGAAUUGAGGACCACAGCUUUAUGAAGGAGAUGGACUAUCAGGAGGUACUCAACAGUCAGGAGAUAUUCGGUGACGAGCUAGAAAUCUUCGCCAAGAAGGAACUGCAGAAGGAGGUGGUGGUACCGAAGGCGAAGGGUGAAAUAUUGGGCGUAGUAAUAGUCGAGUCCGGAUGGGGUUCGAUGCUACCGACGGUCGUGAUUGCGAAUCUGGCGUCUUCCGGUGCGGCUGCCCGGUGCGGGCAGCUAAACAUUGGUGAUCAGAUAAUUGCCAUCAAUGGGCUGAGUUUGGUUGGGUUGCCGCUGUCCACCUGCCAGGGUUACAUCAAGAACACGAAGAAUCAAACCGUGGUCAAGUUUACGGUCGUCCCGUGUGCGCCAGUGGUGGAGGUGAAGAUCAAGCGACCAAAUACGAAGUAUCAGCUAGGGUUUAGCGUCCAGAACGGUGUGAUCUGCAGUCUGCUUCGUGGAGGUAUUGCCGAACGGGGAGGCGUGCGUGUCGGUCAUCGUAUCAUCGAAAUCAAUAACCAAAGUGUCGUAGCAGUGCCGCACGAAAAAAUUGUAAAUCUGCUAGCAACUUCCGUUGGCGAGAUACUGAUGAAAACGAUGCCGACAUCAAUGUUCCGGCUGCUUACAGGACAGGAAAAUCCUAUCUACAUAUAAAGUACACCGUCGUUUUCUUUUCUACA